GACCAAAUAUUUCAGAAUUCCAACGCUACUGUCAGUUGCUUGUCGAGCAGUUUCUAAACUAGUAGCUGCUGUUAGGAAAUUUUACAUAACUUGAUUAGUCAAGUACGUCAGCAAUGUCUGAUGAACCUCAACCCACGACUCGCGAUGGUCUAGAAUGGAAUGAUGAAGAUUACGAAGCUAUUAUCAGAACCAUUGUAGACAAUGAUCUUGAUCCUUUAGAUAUCGCAGCAUUAAGCCUGGAUGAAAUUAAUGCAUUUAGCACAAAAGAGUAUAAGCGCCAUGACAAGGGCUGCCGUAGAUUUUGGGAGUCUUUGAAGCAUUUCAUCAAGAUUCAUCACGUCGAAAUUCUGAAGGAUUUUCAGCGUUUGAAGCGAGGUGAAAAUAUUAUUGCACCGAAGCGGCGAGUGUUGAUAGAUCAACUGGUUCAAGCCAUUGAUUCCUGUACGCAAGGGCGCGAUGAAAUUCAGCAAUUUAUUGAAAAUUUUGAAUUUGAAUUAUCUCCAUCAUUACAGGAAGUUAUUUAUGACUCUUUAAAAGGGAAUAUGAAAUUUAAAACAAUGAAAAAUCUUCUUAUCAGUCAACGACUGCAAAUUAUACAAGGCCUCGGUUUGAUGAGCGAAAUGCGCUUCGCCGGUGUUAAAACGAAAGCAAAUGACGAACUGACUCCGCCUAAAGCUAACGAGACAUCAAUGAACAAAAGCUCGCAAGUUAUCUCUUCAAAAGUUGAUUCAGAAAUCAUCAGAUCAAAAAUUUUAAAUGGUUCCGAGAAUGGACUUGAAAAGAUGCCUGUCCGAGGCAAAGGAAUGGGUAUCAGGACAACCAAAAACUUUGCAAUAAACGAAUACAUUGUGGAGUACACCGGUGAACUAAUUAGCAAAGCUGUGGGCUAUAAGCGAAUGUCGAAAUACGCAAAAGACGAAUCUUUUGGGAACUUUCUUCUUAGCUUCAGGUUGAUGGACAAGAAGUGGUUUAUCGAUGCAACUAAAGAUGACGGGCGUCUAGGGCGUUGGGUUAACCAUUCAACGAAAAAUAGUAAUGCAAAAGUCAAAGUGAUGGUGAUCGAUACCAAACCUCGCGUAUUUCUCAUGGCAUCAAGAGAAAUAUCAACUGGGGAAGAGAUCUUGUAUGACUAUGGGGAAAGAGAUCCGGACACUAUCAAGAAUAAUCCUUGGCUGUUAGACUGACGCGUCAUCCACCCCCUACUAGUUUGCAAUAGCCUAAAGCAGAGGACAUUGGCAAUGACUAAUUUUAUUGAGUUGACUCUUUAGAAUUUAAAUUAGAAAAAUGUAAAACACUAUUGUGCUCAAAUGUUUGUUUUGUUAUUAUUAACAAAAAAAUAGUUAGCUUUAAAACUAUCGUUAUUUUGACACAUUUUCCGCCCGAAAAUAAAAUUAAACUGCAUGCAAUAAA